GCAGCGAUACGGGACACCGGAGGAGUUAAUGACAGUCUUAAAGGCAAGUCAUGAAAUUCCGAGGGCCGAAUUUCAAAGGUAUUCAGGUUGCCUUGGAGCCCUUUGUUCGGCAGCCGGAUGGAGUCAAAUCAACAACAGUGACAUUCCUUGUGGUGCCGGGCCAGCGGCCCUCCUACACCCAAGGUGGUUGGCCCUUGUAAUCAACUACCUUUCCCCAGCCCGGCGCGACUUGGUUGCUGACCUGUUCCGAGAGCGUCUGGCUGUGGCAGACUAUGUACCUUCGGCAGACGGUGUGGAGCGGCUCCCACCUGGGGAAGACCCAGGUCAGCAGAUAGACGCGGAGAGGCUCCCGUCAGACGCCAUGGAAACGACUGAAACAAUGUUUGUGGUUCACCUACCAUCACCCAUUCCACCUGCGGAUGAGGACCUCCCAGAAGCAUUUGACAGCCAUUUCCACGCGGAUAGGACCUGCAGGAGGCUGUUCGGGGAUACGACUGUGGAGUCUCCACUAGACACCCUCGUGGAUUGGACACCAGUGCAGGCUCCGAGUUACCCAGUCAAGCUGGUGGGUGGCGUCACCUGCUUCUGUGACCCAGAGGUGUGGCCGGCGUCAUUACCAACACGGCCUUCCUGGAAGGUAUCCCUGGGGAUACACCCUCGCAAGAUCGCAGAGGCAUCGCCCGGAUUCGUAUCCCAAUUUAUCAGGCAGUGCGCUGAACCAGGAGUGUCAGCCAUCGGAGAGAUUGGCUACGACCUCAUGGAUGGGCGCCAACAUCUGGCAAAACAACAUCAGCUCCUGGAGACAAUUCUGGGAAGUACGAGGGAGGGCUUGCCCCUAAUAUUCCACGUGCGUGGGGCACAAGGAGACGAUCUGGCAGAAGAUCUAUACUCCAAGCUGCGGGAACUUGUUGGUCAGUUUCGUUCCCCAGAGCAGACCACCGUGCUCCACUGCUUUCAUGGGAACCUGAAGACAGUGAGGUCCUGGUUGGAGGCCUUCCCCAACACAUUCUUCAGUGUCAACGGCUUUUGUCGACGAGUGAAGGCAAGCCAGCAAGAGGCUCUCCUAGCCAUCCCAAAGGACAAUCUCCUCCUGGAGACGGACUCGCCAUACCUUGGUGUUACCAACAAUGUGCGAUGCAAUUUACCGCACUACAUUGGGGACGUCGCACAAAAGUUGGCAGGGCACUUCCACAUGUCGCCAAGGGAACUCAUCGAGGUCUGCACUGCCAACGGAAGGCGCGUCUUUCUGAAGUAGGAGAGGAGAGAGAGGUGUA